CAGCUUCCAGUGAGGGAAACUUACCUCAGACUCUUGUUUCAGACAAAAGAAUCCAAACAUUCUCACUGAACUCUAUAAAAGUAAGACCAGACAUUCGGAUAAAACUGCACAAGAAAACUGACGGACUCAAAACUAAAGCGCCCUCACCAAAUGGAGCCAACGCCGGAAUACGCUGACUCGUACGACUACUAUGAAGAUAACGAGACUGCGUGCGACUACUCAGAGUGGGAGCCGUCUUAUUCUCUCAUUCCCGUGCUGUACAUGCUCAUUUUCAUCCUCGGUCUCUCCGGGAACGGCGUGGUUAUUUUCACCGUCUGGCGCGCCAAAUCCAAACGGCGCGCGGCAGACGUUUACAUCGGUAACCUGGCGCUCGCGGACCUGACGUUCGUCAUCACGCUGCCGCUGUGGGCUGUGUACACCGCGCUGGGUUACCACUGGCCGUUCGGCGUGGCUCUCUGCAAGAUCAGCAGCUAUGUGGUGCUAGUAAACAUGUACGCAAGCGUUUUCUGCCUGACCUGUCUGAGUUUUGACCGCUACCUUGCCAUCGUCCACUCUCUGUCCAGCGGGCGGCUCCGGUCCCGGGCCACCAUGCUGGCGUCGCUGGGUGCCAUCUGGUUCCUCUCGUGCCUGCUGGCCGUGCCAACUCUCCUGUUCCGCACUACGGUGAAUGACGCCGGGAACAACCGCACCACCUGUGCGAUGGACUUCAGCCUGGUCACUCUCAAUCAGCAUCACGAAUCCCUUUGGAUUGCAGGUCUAAGCCUUUCGUCCUCCGCUCUUGGUUUUCUUCUGCCUUUCUUGGCCAUGACCGUCUGCUACUGCUUCAUCGGCUGCACGGUCACCCGGCAUUUCAGCCACCUGCGCAAGGAAGACCAGAAGAAGCGUCGUCUCCUGAAGAUCAUCACUACCUUGGUAGUGGUUUUUGCUUUCUGCUGGACACCUUUCCAUGUGCUGAAGAGCAUGGAUGCGCUGUCAUAUCUAGACCUGGCGCCCACCUCAUGCGGCUUCCUAAACUUUCUGCUUCUGGCUCAUCCGUAUGCCACAUGCCUGGCGUACGUCAACAGCUGCCUCAACCCGUUCCUCUAUGCCUUCUUUGACCUGCGCUUCCGCUCGCAGUGCCUGUGUCUGCUGAAUCUGAAGAAGGCCAUGCAUGGGCACAUGAGCUCCAUGUCUUCAACCCUCAGUGCCCAGACUCAAAAGUCGGAGGUGCAGUCGCUGGCCACCAAAGUGUGAGGGAACGAAAUGAGAAGAACAGAAAUCAUGAAGUUGAAGAAAAAAAACAUUGGGUUGAGGGGUUAAAAAGGUGG